CACUUUGUUGCAUUUCCAAUCAUAUUUUAUGUUUUUCUCUAUGAAAGUGAUGGGCCUCAAUCCAAACUCAAAACCCUUUGCAUUUGCACACUUCCUCCUCUUCUUAUUAGGUAAUGUAGCAUCUGCCGCAGUGUUCACCCUCCAAAACCGUUGCAGUUACACAGUUUGGCCGGGGACACUUUCCGGCAACGGUGUCGCCACUCUCGGCGACGGCGGUUUCCCCCUGGAGCCGGGUGCGGAGAUUCAGUUCACCGCACCAUCUGGCUGGUCCGGCCGGUUAUGGGCCAGGACCGGCUGUAGCUUCGACGGAUCCGGCAUCGGAACAUGCGUCACCGGAGACUGCGGCAAUGGACUGCGGUGCAGCGGGGGAGGCGUUCCACCGGCCACUCUGGCAGAGUUCACCAUCGGAUUCGCCGGUAACGGCGACAAGGACUUCUACGACGUGAGUCUUGUGGACGGUUACAAUGUAGGCAUCGGCGUGCUGGCUACCGGAGGAACCGGUGACUGCAAGUACGCAGGGUGCGCGGCGGACUUGAACACAGUGUGUCCGGAGGAAUUGCAAGUGAGAGACGGCGGCGGCACGGUGGUUGCGUGCAAAAGUGCGUGCGCCGCGUUUAACACGUCGGUGUUUUGCUGCACCGGCGAGCACGGAACGCCGCAAACGUGUUCGGCGACACAUUAUUCGGAGAUUUUCAAGAAUGCGUGUCCAACAGCGUACAGUUACGCUUACGAUGACGCUUCCAGCACUCGCACCUGUUCUGGAUCUGAUUAUGUAAUCGCCUUUUGCCCUUAAUAGUCUCACACUUACUUUUUUUAAUGUAAUAAAUUAAUAAUUUCCCACGCAUAUAAAUCAGUGCCCACUAAUAAAUAUAUGAUACUUUUUCUCACACAA